AUGUCUGCUCGUACUCAACGCCGGCGUCUUCCAAUCUCCUGUGAGCCUUGUCGGGCUCGCAAAAUCCGAUGCUCCCGGAGUCACCCCCCUUGCGACACUUGCGUACGGCGGCGGAUUCCACCGGAGCAAUGCGUCUAUACUACUAUUACUAGCAGACAACCUCAGACAUCUCAGACAUCUCAGACAUCUCAGACAUCCUCGCAACAACGACAUCCACCAAGACUGGAGCAGUUGCUGCAAAUAGAAAACGGGGAGCAAGACCAAGCACCCCCUCUACCUGAUGGUUCUGGUCCGGGUCCAGAUUCAGGAAAUCGGCAGGGAUCAUCAGCAGCUGGUGCUCUCAUCCCCUCAUCCACAUCGGGACACGUGCGCUUUUUCCCCAAUACUUCCGGUUGGCGCAUUGUCCAGCGAGCUUCUCAACCGGGUCCAUUCCCGAGCCGGGAACAUGCCAUCCCUGACACGCCCAGCGGACCUUAUCCUUUUGGCGAAAAUGAUACUGAAAGUCGAGCCAAUAUUUCAGCAAAGCUUCCUCCUACGGACUAUUGCGACCGGCUCAAGGAGGUCUAUUUCCAGUCGUUUAUCCCGCUCUUUCCUAUUCUGCAUGCCCCCACGUUUCAUCAUCGGUAUCGGCAAUUUUCCGAGAACCCAGACCAGGUCUCCCUAGCUUGGCUCGCUCUGCUAUUCACCAUUCUGGGCACCGCUGUUCUCGCGCUGGAACAUGAUGAUCCUCUACUGAGGGCCCUCAGCCGCAAACCGACACCCUGGGGCCAAGUCACCGAGCUCUCGGAGCGGUAUUACACCGCAGCCAUGAAAUGUCUCGAGGCGGAUCGCUAUCUGUGGCGACAUAACAUAUGGACACUGCAGGCUCUGCUAAAUCUUAUAUAUGGAAUCCAUCAUAGCCACGGUCAAACUUGGACUCUUCUGGGUCUUGCCUAUCACCUAGCACUCUCGAUUGGAUGCCACGUGGACCCGGCCGUAUUCUCUUUGGAUAUUGUUGAAGUCGAGGAGCGUCGCCGCUGUUGGUUAGCUCUGACGACACUGCUCUAUCAUCAAAAUAUGGCGAUUACGGGUUUUGAUCUCUAUUCGUCUGUGCUCUCGUCCCAUGUCCUUCCCCCCGCCGAUGUGUGGGAUGACGAAAUCAUCCAGGGAGGGCCAAGCUCAGCCGUGACAUCGGUAGGUAUCAAACCCGUCUCCUACUUGAUUCGAAAGUCACGCCUCUUUCAAUUAUCCGCGAAGGUCUGCAACUCCACAUACGGGGCAGGCUCAGAUGACUCGACGGCGCUUCGCCGCCUGGAUGCGAUGAUACGGGCCGAAAUCGACCCCCUGGAGCAGAAUUACGCCUCCAGGUCGGGAAUCGACUCCUCGGUCGUCCGUGCUAAUCUGCUACUCAGCUUCGCCCACCAUCUGGUUCUCCUUCUCCACAGUACCAUACUGAACGAGGUGUCGGUUUGUCCGCCGCAACAAAGCUGGUCGAAGCAAUGCUGCCUGCAAAGCGCACAGCGCAUCUUGGAACUCCAUGCCGACUUCCACAAAUCACCUCAAUUCACGCCUUUUCACUGGUAUAUCCGGGGCCGGGGCGCUUUUCACGCUUUCCACGCCGCAUUCAUCCUGGUGUUGAUCCUGUCCGUAGAGCCCCAGGAACCCUGUCCGUUGGAUGCUGUGCUGCUGUUGCAUAAUUGCCAUGCUCUGCUGGAGGCGUCAAAAGCACAGAGCCAACUGUGUACUCGCACCGCACGAAUCCUUGGCCAGAUGCUAUCAAGCAAGCGGUUGGGUGCUCCAGGGCUGGCGUCCGGUGAACCAGAAAGUGACUCACGCAACCUCGCCUCUCGGGGUGCCCAGUUAAAUCCUCAGAUCGACCUCGACCAGCCGAUGGAGACCGGCGAUGGCCGAGAUUUGAUAUCGGUAGAUUGUCCGGGUCUGUUGCGGCAGAUUGAGCCGCAGCAAUGGUUCAACCCCAUGGACAUGGAUUGGGAUCUGUGGGACUGGAUUAUGGCUGCAUCUGGAACGACACCCUGACGCCUACCAACCGCUUUUGCGAAACCCCUCAGGAUCCCUCAUUAGCACUCUGCGGUUCUCAUACGGUAUGUAUCAUCUUUCGGAAGCAAGGAAGGACUUCAGGAGAUGGGAUCAUAAUUAAAUCUAGCUAUAUAAGGCUAUUCAAG